AAACGGCAUUUUAAUGGUACAACCUUCACAUCGUUCUAGAUUCCAUGUAUUCAGUUCAGAGAACAGAGAAAAGCAUUCAACUGUCAGAUCUUCUUCACAGAAAUACGAGCUCCGGUGUCAAUUGUUACUACCACUACUGCUGUUCUUACUCCUGUUUAAUUUAGAGGGUCAGAUUUUAAAAUGGAAGCUUCGCCGAUCUUAUCUAGCGGUAGAGGUCAGUGUCUAGCGUCUUUGUCGUCCUCGUGCACUGAUGACACUCGUGCACUCGCUGCAAGUGAUGGAGAUAAUUAUCGGCAAGGAGACGGUGAUGCGAGCGAGGAACAGGGGUGUCACAGAUGUGAGCCACCGAUACAUGCUAGUGCAAAUAUAAAACACGAAACUGCUGAACGAAAGCAGUGCGAGCAGCACAUGCAAAAGAUAUUGCAAGAAUGCGAACCACAGCCAGGAAACGAACGAAACAGAUGCAGCACGGCUACGUCACCAGGGGACUCAGCUUACGUCACCGUCGUUGAUGAGACGGUAGCAGCUUUGACGUCACAGCCUGAGGCUAGCACAGGGGGCAAAGAUCAUUCUCGUACAGAAAUAACAUUUUCAGAUCAGUGGAAUGAGGCCUCAUAUGAUUUAUCUCUUUCUGACGAUACUUCUCCGUCUCAUGACGUCAGCAGAGGAAUUUCCGGUUGUCUUCGAUCAGGGCUGACUGGAAUUAAUACAAGGGCUGAAAAUGUGACAGAUGCGUGUAUAGAAUCAAAGCAGAUUAACGUGGUGAAGAAUGACAACAUUCCAGUAAUUGAUACAUCACCUGAGACUGUAUCAGGAAAGUCUGAUCUGACUAACGAGGGUGAAAUGCUUGUAGUGACUGGAAAAGUUCAAAAAGGAGUGAUUUCGCACCAGGGGGUUAAGAAAAAAUACCUUGACUCCACAUUAGUGAAUGAUGAAGUGACUGAAACUAACAAGAUAAAACUUGAAGAAGACGAAAAAAGACAAGAGGUACUAAAGCCAGAAUGUCCAGUAUGGCAGAUAUUAAAACAUUUUGAAUGUCCUUUCAAAUGGGUACCAGAUGUGUUCAUCAACAGAAGUCCUAACAGUGUAAUUCAAGAAAAUAUCAUCACUCAUCUGGCAGAAAAGGAGAAAGAGUUCUCUCAGACCAAGUGCAGCGUUUUCCGAGAAGUUGUCAUAUACCUCGUGUUGGUUUACGAAAAGACUUUGGACGAUCGCUUCAUGGAAGCCAUUCUGGAUUUACAACAUUGCUACAAGCUGCUGGGUAAUUCUCAAACUAUAAUGUCGUGUUCCGAAUCCAGUAAAGAAAAUAUUGAUGUCAACUUGGUUAAAGGAAAAUACCAUUUAAAUGAAAUUAAACACAAAAGGACAAAUCCAUUUGAUGAGGAUGACAAAAUGUCAAAUAUAUUAACACUUCAAAAACCUACUUCAAGGGGACAGCAUAGAUCUCUUAAUGUUGAAUUAUACUGUUCAGAAUCAGAAACAUCUGCUCAGCGAGCCGCUCAAAAAAUUGUUCCAGAUAGUUGCAUCUCAGAUUCCGGAAGAAAUGACGUCAGUAUGGGAUCAUCUGAUGUAGACGCUAAAUGUGUCAGUCAUGAUAGUCUUAAGAAUCAGGUCAUGGAUUCCAAAUCAUUUACUGUAAAUGGUAAAGAAAAUCCAGAAUUGAUUAAUGAUGUACUUAUUUGCAAUGAAAGCGAGGAGGAAAAAGAAGAAAGAUUGGACAGUCUGAAGCUUCAGGUAGAUGUAGUUCGAGAGAUUGGAUACGAUGACAGUGGAAUAGAAGCACCUAAGAAAGAGAAGCCUACAGGAAAUGAGAGCAAGAUAGGGAGACAAGAACAGAGGCAGGCAGCGUUGGAGUAUGUGAUAAAUGCGACACUAGCUCAUGUGGCUUACUUUUCAGAGAGUAGCCAAGAAGCCUACGACCUUGCAAAACAUAUUGAACACAAGUAUGAACAGCUUGGAGAUGCUGGCAAGGCGACGGUUGCUGCCGUCAGAGGGGCCAUGCUCUUUGAGUAUGGCUACACAGGAAACAAGUUGGGCCUUCAGUUUCUGCAGAAGGCCCUUGAAUUAGACCCUGAGUACUGGGAGUGGAACCUAUACUGUGGGAAGGUGAUGGGAAGAAUUCGUCAGGUUGAGAAGUACAAAGGAGGACCACCGGAACGAGAAGAGGUGAGUCUUCUGGAAAAAGCAGCUCAACUUAAUAGAGAGGAUGCAUCUGUUUUGGUGCACUUGGCCAACGUGUAUCGUGGACUGUCCUACUUCAGAUAUGCAGAGAAGAUGGAAACUGAAGCAAAAGGGGAUUCAGUCGUAGGGACUCGACAUUAUAUUCGUAAUGCGGGGACUGCCAACUGGAGAGGAAAUUGGUUACGACAAGGGCAUUCUCAGCAGCAAGAAGAGAAUAUGAACUGUUUACAGAGAUGGCUUAAUCCUCAGCAAAUACCCAUGCCACGCCCAGUUACCCCCUUGAAGGCAGAACAACGGGACUAUCUGCAGUUAGCGAAACAACUGUUCCUGGAAGCAUUAAGGAUUGAGCCACACUGUCCUUAUAACAAUGCAAGGUGUGCCAAAGGAUUGUGGUCCAUGCCUGUUCCGUACAAAGACAAGGAAUGUGCGAAACAAGCCAUCUUACAUGCUCUCACUAUGGCACCCGAUGAUUCCUUGGUAAACCAUUAUGCAGGAUUAUUUUACGAGUACUGUCAUGACUACGAAAAAGCAUUGGUUUGCUACGGAAGAGCAACGUGCGACUCCAAUCUUAACUAUCCAGCUGAAAUGAAUUACAUUAACCUCAAAAUGAGGAUGAGUCCUCAAGGAAACUACAGCCCUCUGUUUCGUCUUGAUAAACUCGUCUUCAAGUAUUCAAGUGCCAACUACGUAGUGCAAAUUCUUUGUCACCGAGGAUUUUACUUGUAUAUGAUGGAGAAGCAGUACUUUCAAGCAAUUCGAAGCCUUGCCAAAGCCAUAAGAACUGACCCCUGUAAUCAGAUGUUGAAGAUGUUCUACCCAUGGAAAUUCUUUGGACGAGAUAUAUCGUACAAUAUAUACGAUCUGCUUGAAAAAAUGGCUGCCGAGUACAAGGAAUUGUCAGGUGGAACAGCGGAAGAAGACUUCAUAGCAAAAACACUUGAGACCGUUAGGUUUCUUAAGGAAAAGAAAUGUUGAAGAAAUUAUUAACAUUGUUAAUAUUCCAUAUUCCUGUUUUGAAUACAGUGGUCGGUAAUUGUUUGUUACAUUAUGUGUAUGGUUUAAUUAUAAAACUUUAAUUUCCUUUAAACUAUUUCUCCUAUUUAAAUGAGACAAAUUAUAAUUGAUAAGGAUAAACCCAUACUUGGUACAGUGUCAAAAUAAUUUGCUUGUGUUAUUCCUACAUUUAAUUUUAAUAUCUUUGUUUGUUUUACAUGUGUUUUUGUUCUGAUAUUAUAUUUGUUUCUAUAUUAAAAGAUAGGAAAUCAAAAAUUUUGCCUCCCAAAUUCCUAGAUUUGGUUCAUUUAAAUAUUUUCAUUUGUUCUAAGAAAACUAAACAUGAUUAAGCUUUUAGGAUUCAAAAUAUGACACUAAUUACUUCAUAUUCGUUGUACUGUUCAAAUUGAGAAUUGUUUACUUCAGGAAGCUGACCAGUAUACAGCCAUGCCUGUCAAUGUAUGGUUUAAAGUUUAAAGUUUCAAUGGCUUCCAUUAUACAUAAUUUUGCCAUCCAUGAUAUCUUGUUUUAUGUGGCCAUGGAUGAGUGAAUGUUCUGUUAUUUUAAUUUAUUGUUUCCAGAAAACAGCAUAUAAAUGUUGAAACUAAAUAAUGUAUAAUAAAAACAUCAUCAUUACUUACCUUUGCUUAAUUAAAAAUAAAUAUGAUUUUA